AUGUCGCAUCAAAUCAUAAAAUCUAAUAAAAAUACGGAAAAGGUUUGUUUAAAUGGCCACAUGUAUACGAAACAUUACAGUACUUUAAUAUCUGAUGUUUGGAGGUGCUCUAAGGCGUCGAGUCUCAAGUGUCCAGGCAAAUUAAAAACAUCGAAAGAAAAUCCUACUGAAAUACCAAUAAUCGAUAAAGCACAUACUCAUCCUCCAGACACAUAUGAAGUUGAAGUCAAUAAAUGCUUAGCACGAAUGAAACACAAGGCAGCAACUACGUAA